AUGGGGGCAGCGGGUUCCGCAUCCAAGCGCUAUAAGCCGAAAGGCGAGGACUCCCCCAAACCAGGCCCAUGGCAUUUGCCACAAGGCGGCUGCGUGGUUAGUGUUGUGGACUUUGAUCCGGGGAGCAUCCGGUGGCCAGAGACUUGGGGAGUUCCCCUGCCUCUAGAGAAGAGCAUGGCCAUUGUGGUCCUAAAGGACGAUGGUGGUGAGCGGGCUUUCGGUCACUACCUGGCUCAACCACAGCGCCGAGGUUUCUUCUUGAAGCACUUGACCACCGUGCUGGAAGCGUCUCCGGAGAAACUCAAGCUUGCUUCUGUUGGCCGAGAGGGUGUUGACGAUGAGGGCUGUCACAAGGGCCCACCUGCACCUGUGGCCAAGAGGCUGCAACCUCAGCCAUCUCCCCCAAGUUUCCCCUCCACCCCGAGUGGACCGAGUUCCAGUGCUCUGAGCACACGAACCCCGGAUGACAGUCCCGAGUUUCUCAGCUUGAGAGCGAGGCCCGGUGUCACAGAGAACAGACCCAUGGCAGCCACCAGGCCGUCUUCAAAGCCAGUUGCUUCGGCAGAGAACCGAGCAACUGGAGCUCAGCCAGAGCCACUCAGCCAGACGGUCCAACGGCCGGAAGCCCUGAAGAGACCCGAGGUACUGAUGGCCGCCGAGCAAAUGGGAUUGAACCUCGUGAUCGACGACGUGCUCCUUUGGCUGGCAGAGAGUGCAGCCGACGCAGCUUUGCCAGAAGGCUGGGUAACAUUCGGCGAUAAUGAGGGGCACCCCGUGUAUUACCACGAGAAGAAGAGGCUAGUCACGAGACAACACCCCACGCGUGCGAGGUACAAGAGCUUUGCGCUUCGAUUGCGGGGUUUGUACCAGAGGAUGUCUGAGACACAGGCAUUGCAUGGUGCAGCGAAGAUACGGGCACAUCUCGCAGUUGUUUUGAACGAGGCCUUAAACCGGUGCAAUCGGGAGUUGCCACCCGUCACGCCCGAGCUGCUCGAACGAGCCACACUUCUUCUCGGGGUUGAUACGAGCUCGGAGUUUGCACUGAGCACAAAGGCGACACAGCUGCACCACAAUGUGUCAGCAGCCGGGCUUCUGCCUGAUCUAGUGAAGACGGCUAUCGACUGGUUUGUGGAGGAGCAAUACGACAUCUCACUAGCCACAGGUGUCAAGGCCGAUAUCGAUGCCUUCAUCGCACAUCUUCGCUACGAGCAGAUCCAAGACAUGAUGUCCCAGCCAGACGGGAUCAUCAUGUGCUCGGAGCUUGAUGGCAUGCCUGCAGCGGUCAAGUGCGAGGAGUGCAUGGACUUCUUCAGCAUGGAGGGAUUUGCUCGGUGCCACUCUUCCGGAAAACGCCGUCAGCACCGUCCACUCAAAGUGGAGCAGUGUGCAUGCUCGGUUUUUCCGCAGGAGUCCGCGACGUGUGAGGCGAAUGGCCAAUUCUUCUCCGACCGCGGCUAUCGCGAAGCCAUGAAACGCAAUCCAAGCUUGGGCCUGAAACACUGUCGGUUCUUGGGCGGCAUUUCCUGCUCAGAAUAUCCCGACAAGAAAGCCGAAGUGCUGUGUGAGGACUGUUGCGACUUCUUCUGCAUCGAGGCGUUCUGGGAACGCCAUGGCCACGGUCACCGGCAGCAGCACGUUCAGCUCGCAAUAGAUGCAGAGAACCACUUGUGGCGGAUGGGGCAGAAGCUUCCGCAGGAAGAGGGUGGGCCGUGGCUGGCAUUCCGCGACGACCAGCUGACUACGUAUUGGUACCAUUUGCACGACAAAGUCGUCACUCAUGAUAACCCCUACCUGCAGGCUUCCACUCGCGAAGCUCCGCUUUUCAUGCCUGCAGACGGUCAUCAGGCUGCAGAAGAGACAGCGGAGAGAGUGACGAGGGACAGAAAUCGGAUCAACGGCAUGCAGAUCGGCACCUUCCAGGAGAAGGGCGUCGGCAAGCCUCAUAUGGAGGAUCGGAUGAUUAUUCGUAGCGGCAUUCCUGUCGAGUCAGUGGGUGCCGGCUGCAAGAAGAUCGUCGCUUCCUUGUUCGGCGUUUUCGACGGUCACUCUGGUGCAUCUUGUAGUGACUUCGUUGCGACGAAUCUGGACCGUGUCGUGUUCGAAUGCAUCCGGCAUCAAAACAAGCGAGAGGUGAACAGUGAUUUGGCCAUGCGAUCUGCCUUGCAAGCGGCAUUUCGCACGACGGAACACAACUUCUUCCAAUAUGCCAACAGGCUUGAUGCAGGGCCUGCAGCAGCGUGGACGAAUGCAGGAAGUACGGCCUGCACGUGCACAUUCUAUGGCCCAGAUGAGGAUGGCCGCCUGCGGCUGGCUGUGGCGAAUGCUGGGGACAGUCGCGCUGUGCUGGGUCGCAAGGACUGCAGCGCAUUGCGGUUGUCUGAAGAUCACACGCCUGAUGUACCUGGUGAGCGCAAGCGGAUUGAAUCCGAAGGUGCGGCAGUGGUGCAAGCAAGUGGCAUUUGGAGAAUUGUGUUGCCCAGCAAGAAGGGCACGGGACUUGCGGGCUUGUCCGUUUCGCGCGGCUUCGGUGACAUCGAGUACAAGACUGGCACCAACGUGGUGAGUGCUGUGCCUGAUGUUUUCCUUUCCGCACUAGACUUGCGAGAGGACUGCUUCGUCGUCAUUGCUAGCGAUGGGGUUUGGGGUCCGGUAUCGGACGGGGAGGCCGUAAGAAUCGUGGCCGGUGCAUUGCGCGAAGGCGGAGAGGAGCCAGCGGCCAAAGCGGCACGACAGCUUCUAGAGAUCGCGCACCAAAGGGAUGGCCACGAUGCCACGGCCUCUGUCGUGAUGUUGGUCAUUGGCAUUAUCGUACUGUAG